AUGAAAUCCCCGGGCACCCCGUAUGGGUCGCCUCCCCCAAUCAAGCUGCCAAAGGCACAGCCAGAUCCCCCCUCCCCAACCCCCGCCUUCGUUAGCCCGAGCGGCCUGGUGCGGUCGCCCCCACCCAAACGGGGAAAGCGGCAGCCGGGGCCGGCGGGACCGCGCGCCCAGCCCGCGAAGCAGCGGCGGCGCCCGCUCACAUCGUCCGAGGCGGUGUCAGCAGGGCUGGCGCUGCGGGCGCCCCCCACUCCCGCCGGGGGCCUCGGCUCUCGGGGCGCCGGAACUGAGGCUGCCUAUGUGUUUGGACCUUGUGGGGUCCCUCUAGGUUUCUUGGCAGGAUUAGGGGGUGCUGAGGCCCAGCAGACCACUCUACACCCACUUGUGGGCCGUUUCUUUGUGCAUACCUUGGACCCUGCCACCUUCCUGCGCCUUCCGGAGCACGUUGCCGUCCCACCCACCGUGCGAAUCACCUACCAUGCCCACCUCCAGGGACAUCCUGACCUGCCCCGUUGGCUCCGCUACACCCAGCGCAGCCCCUACAAUCCUGGCUUCCUCUACGGCACCGCCACCCCAGAAGAUCGGGGGCACCAAGUCAUAGAGGUCACAGCCUAUAAUCGGGACAGCUUCGACACCACUAGGCAGAGGCUGGUGCUGAUAAUUGGUGACCCAGAAGGCCCCCGGCUCCCCUACCACGCGGAGUUCCUGGUGCGCAGCCAUGACGUGGAGGAGGUGCUGCCCUCCACACCUGCCAACCGCUUCCUCACAGCCCUGGGUGGGCUCUGGGAGCCAGGGCAGCUCCAGCUGCUCAACGUCACUUCAGCCCUGGACCGUGGGGGCCGGGUCCCUCUUCCUAUCGAGGGCCGUAAGGGAGGGGUGUACAUCAAGGUGGGCUCUGCCUCACCCUUCUCUACCUGCCUGAAGAUGGUGGCGUCCCCCGAUAGCCAGGCCCGCUGUGCCCAGGGCCAGCCUCCACUUCUGUCUUGCUAUGACACCUUAGCACCCUACUUCCGCGUUGACUGGUGCAACGUGUCCCUGGUAGAUACAUCAGUACCAGAGCCCCCAGAGGAGGUGCCCACCCUAGGCGACGGGAUCUUGGAGUAUGACCCAUUCUUCUGCCCACCCACGGAGGCCACAGAUCGAGACUUUCUGACAGAUGCCCUGGUCACCCUCCUGGUGCCUCUGCUGGUGGCCCUGCUGCUCACUUUGCUGCUGGCCUACAUCAUGUGCUGCCGGCGUGAAGGACGGCUAAAGAGAGACCAGGCCACCUCUGACAUCCAGAUGAUCCACCACUUCACCAUUCAUGGGAACACGGAGGAGCUGAGGCAGAUGGCGGCCAGCCGUGAGGUUCCCCGGCCUCUUUCCACCCUGCCCAUGUUCAAUGUGCGCACGGGCGAGCGGCUGCCUCCCCGCGUGGACAGUGCCCAGGUGCCCCUCAUCCUGGACCAGCACUGAUGUCCCUGCCAGCCCAGGCCUCUCCCUCCAGACAGCUGCUGAUCUGCCAGUCCUGGCCUCUCCUUUCAGACAAUACUGACCUGUAGAUUCUGGCUUCUGGACCACUUGAACCUCAGACACUGUACAACAGAGGGAUAGGGUGGGGAGGAGGGAGGUGAUGGUGUUUGGAGUCAAGA